AUGGCAGAUGUUCAGGCGGCAGCUCCAGCUGACACCGACGGCAAACUGAGCAAAAAUGAGCUUAACCCCUUAAGGACACAUGACAUGCAAUUGAAAGCAGUUGAACAGGAAGCGAAGCAAAAAGAACAAAAUGAGAAAUUGCCCAGUGCAGAUACAGAAAUUAUUAAUGAAGAAACGCUUGAUCUCAAUCAAUAUUUUAAAAUCCGCUCCCAAACCAUUCAGCAGCUGAAGGGAACAAAGAAUGACCCGUAUCCGCAGAAGUACCAAGUUGAUCUGUAUCUCACAUAUUUUCCAAAAUACAACAGUUUGGAGACCGAGGACCAUUUAAUGGAGGUCAUUAGUGUGGCAGGAAGAAGCCAUGCCAAACGUAUUUCUGUAGCCAAGUUGAUCUUCUACAAUCUGCGUGGAGAAGGCACAAUGUUGCAAAUUAUGGCUAACUCUAAAUUUUACAAAUCAGAUGAAGAAUUUAUGGCAAUCAAUAACUGUCUGCAUUGCGGUGAUAUUAUUGGAGUGAAAGGAAAUCCAAGAAAAAACAAAAAGGGUGAACUAAGUAUUAUACCCUCUGAAAUAACCCUGCUGUCUACCUGUAUGUAUAUGUUGCCACAUCUCCACUUUGGAUUGAAAGACAAGGAAACGAGAUUCCGACAGUGUUACCUCGAUCUCAUCUUGAAUGACUACGUAAGGCAGAAGUUUAUUACAAAAACAAAACAUAUCACAUACCUCAGAAAAUGUCUGCAUAAUUUGGGCCUCGUUGAGAUUGAAACUCCAAUGAUGAACAUCAAGCCAUUCAUCACCCAUCAUAACGAUUACAUGAGGAUAGAACCAGAACUGUAUCACAAGAUACUGGUAGUCGGUGGCAUUGAUAGAGUAUAUGAGGUGGGCAGGCAGUUCCAGAAUGAAGGGAUAGAUCUCACUGAAAUAACAGAAAAGCUGAUAUCUGGAAUGGUUAAACACAUCACUGGCAGCUACAAAGUUGCUUACCAUCCGGAAGGUCCCAAAGAUCCUGUGUUUGAAAUAGACUUUACUCCACCAUUCAGAAACAUUUGCAUGGUGCAUGAACUGGAAAAAGUCCUGGGGAGAAAACUGCCUAAUAACGGCCAGUUUCACACUGAAGAAACUGUUUUCCAGCUACUAUAUUUUCUAAAAUGUAAACAAUUCCUUUUACAGACCUUGUUGGAAUUAUUGCAAAACAAAGGAUACUGCAUAUAA